GCAUUUUAUAUCGACUUGCCAAGCUCCACUCAACUCUGCCGCCGUUCAAAAUUAUCCUCAGUCUGCCGCUCACCCCUUCGAUGUCUGCCUCCAGCUAAAAGGAGGAGGGGAUUUAAGGUGACAAUGCUAUUCUUUACACACUGUUUUGGCUUUGUGUUAGACCUUGUGCACUUCAGGUCCCAGUACUACAAGGCAAGUGCAGCUUUCUCAGCCGCUGUCCAACUUGUGUGUGUUGUGCGCCCUACAACCAGCCCGACGCGGCAGGCCCCAGCUGCAGGCUGGCUCUCGGCAAGCGGGGAGGAGACCGCGGGAGGCUGCCCGCUGUCCUGGCCAUGCCCGGGCGGACCCCGCUGCAGCGAGUGCCGGGGCCUGCUGAAGGCUGCCCUGCCGGACCUGGGCUCGGUGGCCACCCUGCGGGGGGACAGCAUCGUGUUCCGGGCCAGCGGCAUCCAGGGCCCGGGCCCGGGAGGCUGGGCGGCCUUGCAGUGCUGCCUGGGCCAGCACUUUGUGGUGCUGCUGGAGAGGAAUGAGCAGGUGGGCGGGCGGCACCGCUUCCUGCUGCUGGUGCUGCUCCUGGGCACUGCCCGGCAAGCCGAGAGGUUCUCCUACCGCCUGGUGCUGAGCCGCCAGCGCCGACGCCUGACCUGGGAGGCCAACCCGCGCGGUCUGACCGGCACCAGAUCCCCGUCCACCGCCGACAGCCUGGUUUUCGACACCGUCGUCGCUCAACUCUUCGCCGAUAAUGGCAGCCUCGCCAUCAACGUGACCAUAUCGAGCUGCCCGUGACAGGACUGCCCUCCUCCUCCUCCCUGUGUGACCUCCGCACAAAUGUCAGGUCCCUACCUCUGAGCCGGGAGUCCAGCCUCCACGUUCUCCAGCAUUGUCUCGAAAAUCUCCGUCUAUCUGCUCGUGUUUCAAGAAAAAAAUUUACAGGUAUUGCCCGAAAGUCGAGCCAAAAUGACGUAAAGUGAAGAAGCGUUAGUUUAUUUGGAAAGAGAUUGGCCUUUCUUUCUUAAAAGCAAAAACUCUCUUUGGAUUUCUUUCUGUUAGUGAAAACAGGUACUGACGUGGGUCUUCGGUAAAAGUGAAGUGGCUUAAAGCAAACGUUCGAAAAGUAGGAAAUACCUGUAGCUGCAACCAACUCAACCAAGACCCGCUCCCC